AUGUAUGAGAGUUUUCUUAGGCAAAGGAGCAAGAUCACUUGGCUAAGAUUUGGAGAUGACAAUACGUCCUACUUUCAUGCUAGUAUAAAACAGCGGUCAGCUUGUAAUAGGAUUACAGCCUACUUGGAUGAGCAUGGUAAGAUUGUUGACUGUUAUGAUGAUGUGGUUAAUCAUUUUAAGGGGUUUAUGGGUAGUCCUAGUUCAGCUAUUUCUAGGAUUCAACAAGAUUGUUUUAAGUUUGGCUCUAUUAUGAAUUUAGACCAGCAACUCAGUUUAGUUAAGCCUUUUUCGAAGAGGGAUGUUAAAAUGGCCAUGUUUAGUAUUCACUCUAUAAAAAGUUCUGGUCCUGAUGGGUUUGGUUCGGGUUUUUUCAAAUACAUGUGGAGAGAUUUGGGGGAUGAGAUUUCUACUGCUAUUUUGAAUUUUUUUUUAAACUGGCCGAUGACCAACAGCUCUUAA